AUGAAGCAGCUCUUGAGCCCCAAGACAGCUCGACACGCACGCCUUUUUCGGCUCGCAAAUAGCCUAGCGAGUCAGAAGGGAGUGCCUCAAAGCGAUGGUGAGAGGCUUUCAUGGGUGAACUCCCACGUAAAGCGAACUCAAGAUAUGGAGCUUUCGAGGGCGGAGGAAGCGUUGCGCGAACGGAUGAUGCCUUUAGAAGUAGGUGAUAAUGCGGUCAUUACCAACAACCAGGCAACACACGGUAAUCUUUUUCACUUUCGCGAGUAUCCGAUGUAUCCUGGAGAGUAUGUUCCUGCUGGACACAACACCCUUUCGUCACUGAAGGACGAGCUGCGAAGUGACUUGACCGCGCAAUCUCUUAAGGAGGCUUGGAUGCGCGUAAGCGGAGGAAUGUACUUCAAAUCAAUUGAUGACUACUACGCCUCUGUAGACGGGUUAGAUGAGGAGCAACUGGGUGAGAUCGUGUCAGCAUUACUCCCAGAUUUACGCAAGUAUGAGUCGCAGGCGCUGGUGACCAAGGUUCUCGAGUCACUCAGCAAGCCUGCCGACUCCCCCUCGCGUCAACUGAGCAGGACGAUCACUGCCGAUGCAGUUGGCCUAGAUAACGCACCUGGUCACUACACAAACUUCCUCGAGUGGAUGGGUCGAAUGACAGAAACAAAGGCAUUCAAAACAGAGCAUGCUCUUUUCGAGUUCACCCGGAGGAAGUUCAAUCGCGAUGACGUGCGCGUAAUGUUUGAAAACUACAACCUGAUGAGCAAGGCCACUCUCGAGGCCGACAGCUCCGAUAGCUACAGUCACUUCUACACUGUACUUAACGACUUUUCGCGCAAGGUAGCCGGCGAAGAUACACGACAUCAGAUAGGUGUGCGUAUCGACCCAGCCGAGGUCGAUCCCGAAACAGGUAUUGCAGUUGGCCAUGGUCGCGCAGAUGGGCAGAAGUACAUGUUCACAGCCCUGAUUCGGGAGAACCGUGAUCACAACGGUUCCAUCACUCUUCUCGGAAAGUCACUCUCUGUUGCAUUCGAUGAUAAGUCCUGGCUGAUGGAAAUGGUGCUGAUGCCAUUCGACGAGGCAAGACUGGACUUCCACGACUUUGAUGUGAGCAUCAUUUCUGAAGGCAAGGCGAUGCCUUCUUUAGCGAAUGAGAUCGCCGCUUUUGCUUGCAGGAUGGCGGUGGCAAACGCCAUAACGAAGCUUCUUCCGCUAGCGCGUAUUCCUUUGAAGAAGUCUGGCUUGCUUUCUGUGGAUCGUCGAAGGGAGCCAGGCCAGUUCCCAGGUUUCGUGGACGGAAAGAAGAACAAGAGGAAGUUUGCGAAGCGUUAA